AUCAUUAGACAACAGCGGCCUCUGGUGGCUAAAUCUCCCUGGACUGCCGUCGGAUGUGUUUUUGUGUUGCACACAGCAAGAAUAUAUUAAUUACAUUUAUAAUAUUUUUAAUGUAUUCUUUUUUUUGCAUAUGAUUCAUAUUAAUAAGGUCAAAUAGGGUUUUAAUAAUUGAAAAAUUGUGUCGUCCCCUUCAUCGAGGGGAUAAAUUUCCUUAUCCCAAACGGAACAACUGACUGAGUAUUAUUUCCUCGACGGUUCUAUUUUUGUGUUGUACACAACACACAUAGUGAAGCCUCAAGUAAGUUUUAGCCGCCCACCAUGUGUAUGUUCAGUUUUAGGUACGCACUUAAUUAGUAUAAAAUUGGAGUGUAAAAGUAAAUUGGGCUCAUAAAUACAGCAUGCAGAAAUUGACCUGGUGCACUGCUAGCUAUACGGGACCGACGAAAAAGCUCAUGUUCUAAACUCGUCCUUGACUCGCUUUUUUUUUUCGUUUUUUUUCUUUCCUUUUUUAGCAUUAGCUUUGUGGAGUUAGCAUGUUACCAGAAGUCUAAAUUGUAAGUAUUCUUACACGUUUGCGUUGGCAAAUUCGCCUCAAAAGUUACGUGUUGGGGUUGGCUCAUUGUUUUUUUUGAAGCGUCUGUGUUAACGCUUAAAUUAAAUUUGACCCUUGGGUGUCACAUGCUUUGAGCAUUCACAACGUACACUCACUUUCACAAGAUAAGAUACAAAUACAUCAUCGUGAUUAACUUAAAUUAUAUAGUAGUAUUAGAUUAAUCUUCUGGGCUCUAUGCUGGCCAUUUUUGUGCUCCUCGCUUCCUUUUAAAAAAAAUAUUUGAUUUUUAAUUUUUUUUAUUUGAGCUGUUCUAAUGCAAAUGUCAUAAAAUAUGCCACCCAGCAGCUGAUGUCAGAACGGUAUUCUUUUACAGCAGCUAGACCUUCUAGGGUCCUCUGAUCUCAGUGGCAGGUAUACAGUAUCAGCGUAUCCUGUCUGCAUAGCAGUGAAAGGAGACUUUGUGGCGCUUGAUUAAUAGCAUAUAUCCAUCCAUCCAUUUUCUGAGCCGCUUCUCCUCACGAGGGUCGCGGGCGUGCUGGAGCCUAUCCCAGCUAUCAUCGGGGAGGAGGCGGGGUACACCUUGAACUGGUUGCCAGCCAAUCGCAGGGCACAUAUAAACAAACAACCAUUCGCACUCACAUUCACACCUACGGGCAAUUUACAGUUAUCAAUUAACCUACCAUGCAUGUCUUUGGGAUGUGGGAGGAAAGCGGAGUGCCCGGAGAAAACCCACGCAGGCACGGGGAGAACAUGCAAACUCCACACAGGCGGGGCCGGGGAUUGAACCCCGGUCCUCAGAACUGUGAGGCAGAAGCUCUAACCAGUCUCCACCGUGCCUAAUAGCACAUAAAUAGAUAAAAAAAAUCCGACCUCAAACUGAAUACAGCAGUGCCUUGAGAUACGAGUUUAAUUCGUUCCAUGAAAAUGCUCGUAAUGGAUAAGUGGAAGUAAAUGAAUGAAUGGAAAUACUAUCAAUCCGUUGCAGCCUGCAAAAGCAACAACAACAAUUAUUGUAAUGUUUUUUUUUUUACUAGUUAUAAAACCAUCACGUAGACUCGUUCACCGUUGUGUAUGGCAUUUCCCAUUAUGUGUAUUUUCCCAGUAAACUUCACCUGGUCGUGACAAUAAACAGCUUGAAGUCUCUUUUUUGAAGAACGGGCCUCACGCGGAACGUCACGUGACCAAACCGGAAAAUAAGUGUCCUGACUCUCCGGAGAGACUCUGCCAGUGACCUGAACUGGAAGGAAGUGCUUCGUUCUGUUUUGCCCAAUGCGGAAGUUGGUUGUGCAUAACUGCUAUUGUUUUCUAAUCCUACCUGCCAAACGGCUGCUUGUUGGGAAGUGAGUUGAGUCAGUCUUUGCUUUAAAGUCAAAGCAAAAAAAAAAAUCAGCCGAACGUCGGCUAGUAUCUCGAAAAACCCUUAAGUCGGGUCACUUUAAUCUCAAGGCGCCACUGUAUAUAAAUUCUGUCGUACUUGUGCGGGUGGGGUUUAGUGCGUGAAGCGGAUCCACUCGAGGAUCUUCUACUUCCUGGUAAUCAUGAGUGGCUCCAAGCCGGACAUCCUCUGGUCUCCCCACCACCCGGACCGCUACGUCAUCUGCGACUCGGAACUGGGCCUGUACCGCAUCGGUCCGGCGGGAGGCGCUGAGCUCAAGGCCGGUACCCUGCCCCUCUCCGGAGAGACGGCCGCCACUUUGCUGGCCAUCAACUCAGACACGCCCUACAUGAAGUGCGUGGCCUGGUACCCCAAGCAGGAGCCCGAGUGCCUGCUCGCCGUGGGCCAGGCCAACGGCAGGGUGGUGCUCACCAGCCUGGGUCAGAGCCACAACUCGGCAUGCAAGGAGCUGGUGGGCAAAGAGUUUGUGCCCAAGCACGCCCGCCAGUGCAACACCCUGGCAUGGAACCCGGUGGACAGCAACCUGCUGGCGGCCGGCUUGGAUAAACACCGGGCCGACUUCUCGGUUCUCAUCUGGGACAUCAGUUGCAAGUUCUCCCCAGAGGCCAGCGUCUCCGCCGAGAAGAUUCGCCUCUCCUCCUCCGACUUGGACCCGAGCUCUGUGGUGACCAAGCCGCUGUACGACCUGGGUCAGAACGACGCUUGUUUGUCCCUCUGCUGGCUCCUCCGGGAUCCGAAGCUCCUCUUGGCCGGCAUGCACCGCAACCUGGCCAUUUUUGACCUGAGGAACACCAGCCAGAAGACCUUCGUCAACACCAAAGCCAUCCAGGGGGUCACGGUGGACCCCCACUUUCCUGACCGCGUUGCCUCCUUCUUUGAGGGCCAGGUGGCCAUCUGGGACCUGAGGAAGUUCGAGAAGCCCGUGCUCACCCUUACAGAGCAGCCCAAGCCUCUAACCAAGGUAGCAUGGUGCCCAACCCGGACGGGCCUGCUGGCCACCCUGACGCGCGACAGCAACAUCAUCCGUCUGUACGACAUGCAGCACACGCCCACGCCCAUCGGAGACGAGACGGAGCCCACCAUCAUCGAGCGCAGCGUGCAGCCUUGCGACGGCCUGAUCGGCACCUUCGCCUGGCACCCGUCCAGGCAGAACCGCAUGGUGGUGGUGUCGGCCGCCAACCGCGCCAUGACCGACUUCACCGUCUUCGAGCGCAUCUCGCUGGCGUGGAGCUCCACCACUUCACUCAUGUGGGCGUGCGGACGCCACCUGUACGAAUGCGCUGAGGACGGCCCUGACGGCGCCCAGGGGCUCUUGGAGAAGGACAUCGCCACCAAGAUGAGGCAGAGGGCUCUGUCCAGGUACGGACACGACACCGUCCAGGUGUGGAGGAACCACCUGCUGGCGGGGGGCAACGAUUCCCAGCUCAAGUCUCUGUGGUUCGACCUCUUCUAUAUGAAGCAGUGUGCUGAGGACACGGAGCUGAAGCUGCAGGGGAACAAACAGGCCGUCGUCUACUCGGGUAUCAAGAACAUAGUCAAGACCAGCUCAGGCACUACAGAGAGCCGCAAGUGCUGGAGCGGCUCGGAGCGUCAGACGGAGGCGACCCGCUACCACAGCGAGGAGCGGGGCCUGGCGCUGCGCCUCUGUGGCUGGAUGGGCCGGGCGUCUGACGCGGACGUGGAGCCCUUCCUGCGCUCGCUGGAAGUGGAGCGCGAGUGGGAGCGAGCCGCAGCCGUGGCGCUCUUCAACUUGGACAUCCGCAGAGCCAUACAGAUCCUCAACAGGGGAGCCAUGGCUGAGAAGGGUGACCUGAAUCUCAACGUGGUGGCCAUGGCGCUCUCGGGAUACACGGACGAGAAGGCCUCGCUGUGGCGGGAGAUGUGCAGCUCGCUGAGGCUGCAGCUCAACAACCCCUACCUCUGCGUCAUGUUCGCUUUCCUCACCAGCGAAGCCGGAGCCUACGACGGCGUGCUGUAUGAAAGCAGCGUCGCGGUACGUGACCGAGUCGCCUUUGCCUCCAUGUUCCUCAACGAUGCUCAGCUUCCUCGCUACGUGGACAAGCUGACCCACGAGAUGAAGGAGGCCGGAAACCUGGAGGGCAUCCUGCUGACGGGCCUGACCAAGGAUGGCGUGGACCUGAUGGAGAGCUACGUGGACCGGACCGGAGACGUCCAGACGGCUAGCUUCUGCAUGCUCAAGGGUUCCCCAGGUGAGGUACUGAAGGACCCCAGAGUUCAGUGUUGGAUCGAGAACUACCGCAACCUGCUGGACGCGUGGAGAUUCUGGCACAAGCGGGCAGAGUUUGACAUCCAUCGAGGCAAAUUAGACCCCAGCUCCAAACCUCUGGCCCAGGUGUUCGUUAGCUGCAACUUCUGCGGCAAGUCCAUCUCGUACAGCUGCUCCGCCAUGCCCCACCAGGGCCGCGGCUUCAGCCAGUACGGCGUGAGCGGCUCGCCCACCAAGUCCAAGGUGACCAGCUGCCCGGGGUGCCGCAAGCCGCUGCCGCGCUGCGCCCUGUGCCUCAUGAACAUGGGGACGCCCGUGUCCAGCUGCGCCGGAACAGGGAAGUCUGACGACAAGGUCGACCUGACAAGGGAGAAUAAACUGGCUCAGUUCAACAACUGGUUCACCUGGUGUCACAACUGUCGCCAUGGCGGCCACGCUGGACACAUGCUGAGCUGGUUCAGGGACCACACGGAGUGCCCCGUGUCGGCGUGCACGUGUAAAUGCAUGCAGCUGGACACUACGGGCAACCUGGCGCCCUCGGACAGCAGCUAAAACACAACCGGCCCAUCGGCACCCGCACAUCCACUACUAAAAAGGGAAACUUAGUCAAAUUGCUGGCAAGGUCAACCUCUCAGGAGAGUCAACAAGCAAGUGGAAUGAAAUGGCGUCUCACAAGCCAAAGAUGAGUCAGGCUCCAGUCAAGAAGUGAAAAAAUGUCAUCGUAGGUGCCAAACGGAUUAUUAUAUAUAUAUAUAUUUUUUUUUUUUUUCAACAUUCUAUUUAAUCAAAGGAUCUUCAAGUCGUCAUACCUCAUGAGAGCAUUGUUUGGAUGGAAUGCAAGGAAGUUGAGAAAAGCUGUUUGAUUGCUUAUUCAAUAUCCUGGAUAUCCAUCUUAAGGUCCAUGUAGUAGAUCACUCUUUGUCCUCACUCGUGGGACAAUUCAGCGAACGAGUAGAAUGACUAUCUUACUAGUGAUGUUUUUCCACCACUACAUGUGCCACUUUUGGCCAACUACUAUGUAAUUAGACCUCGUACUAGUAAACUGUGGCAAGCGGUUUGAGCUUUUAUUCGAUAUCCUUAAUAUCCAGUUUAAGGUCCGUGUACUAGUUCGCUCUUUGUCCUCACUAGUUGGACAAUUCAGAGGUCUAGUAGAACGACUAGUGCACACUAGUAGAACAACUCUUACUAGUAACAUUUUCCCAAUACUAGUACACAUUAAAACCUUACUAGUAAUCUAUAGAAAACUGUUUCAGCAUUUAUUCGAUAUCCUUGCUAUCCAUCUUAGGGUCACCCUUUGUCCUCACAAUGACUGUCUUCCUAGUAAUUUUUUUUCCUCUACUAGUGCCACUUUUGGCCAACUAGUCCACAGUUCAACUUUACUGGUAAACUAUGGAUAGCCUUUUGAUCAUUGAUUUGAUAUGUUUCUAUCAGGCUCGUGCUUUCCGACAUGAACCGAUGAAGCCUGCUCGGGAAUGAGAGGCGAAACGUCUUCUAAGACAACCAGACCAGUCCGUUUGUGAUCGAUUCAAUGUCCUGAGAAUGAAAUGACCUGGAUGAAUGAGAAUAUUUACAGGCAAGGCAACUACGUUACCGGUGAAGCAAAACUACUAGUGGGCAUUUGGUGCUGCUACUAGGGUACUCAUCUUUGACACAUGCCUGCUAGCUAGGCCUACUAGUGUUACUAGUGCCGCACAGUAGUUGACUAGUAAGGUUUAAUUACAAACUUUUUUUUUGGUAGCUAGUAAUCUAAUGCAUUAAUAUUUCCUGGCCAGUAAUCAGGUUAAAAUUAUUAUCCAAGUCACUGUGUGUUACCGUUGUUGUCAUUUUCCUUCGUAAAACCAUACACAGUAUUGGCUUUCUUCUCUUGUCUUGGGCAUCAAAGUGGAGAGAAAAUUGGAAUUGCUAUUUUAUUAGCUGUGUCAGUUUUAAAAACUGUCAUAAAUAUGAAGAUAAUACAAAUUCUGUGAAAGUUCAUUAAUAAGGACUCAGACUACCUGCACCCAACUUGCAAACAUUCAAAAUGGUUUAUUCCACGGCUUGUUAGAGCGUCUGCCUCACAGUUCUGAGGACCGGGGUUCAAUCCCCGGCCCCGCCUGUGUGGAGUUUGCAUGUUCUCCCCGUGCCUGCGUGGGUUUUCUCCGGGCACUCCGCUUUCCUCCCACAUCCCAAAAACAUGCGUGGUAGGUUGAUUGAAGACUCUAAAUUGCCCGUAGGUGUGAAUGUGAGUGCGAAUGGUUGUUUGUUUCUCUGUGCCCUGCGAUUGGCUGGCAACCGGUUCAGGGUGUACCCCGCCUCCUGCCCGAAGAUAGCUGGGAUAGGCUCCGGCACCCCCGCGACCCUAGUGAGGAGAAGCGGCUCAGACAAUGGAUGGAUGGAUGGGUUUAUUCCACUUGGUAAGACUCGCGACUAAAAACUAAGCGUCUCAUUCGUAGCUACACAGACAUGGAGGUACAAAGAAAGCUGGCACAAGAGAAAAGGAGAAACACGAGUGAAAGGAAGCUUAGACAGCCACGUGAUAACUAGGUUUUUUUUUAAAUGAUUGAUGAAAUACCAUGGUUUUAAUCAGACCUCAAGUUUCAUGAAGAUUUGGUGUGUGUGUGUGCCGAGGAGCAGCUAACAUUAGCCUCUGCUGCUGUUUGCUGUUUUAAAGAGCUUUGUCACACAAUAAACUAGGUGACAGCUACACUCGUUAUGUUACUGUAAGUGCUAUAUAUAUAUAUGUAGUAAAAAUGAAUUAGAAUACUUACAUUUCAUCCACAAAUAGUGGUUAUUUGAAUUGCGGUAAUUGAAUUUAAAUAAGAACAUUUGUAUUUUUCCUGGUCCAAAAAAUGAAUGAGCAGAAGUUAAAAGAAAAAGAGCAAGAUAAAAUCACUGCAAAAAAGAUCAAGGCUAUAAUAGAUACAAGAAAGGGAAGCAGUAGAGAGAAGCCAUUUUCUCAUCUUCUUAGAUUGGCUGUGGUUGACCAAUAAUCAGCUCCCCACAAUCAAUUGCCUUAUCAGGGUGAAGGCUACAUAUAUAUAUAUAUAUAUUUACGUCCAAUAAAGUAUUGGCAAAACCGGUUGUCGUUUUUAUGUUGAAGCAGUGUUGUCUGCAGCUGCUGAAUGUAACUUAAUAAAGUAACUUAUCUACCUUGAUUACAUUCAAAACCGAGUAAUCAGUCAAUUAACUCAGUCACUUUGUCAAGUUAACUGGCAACGCUUCUACUAGUGCGCCCUAGUAGUUCUAAGACUGCACUGAAUUGUAUUACUAGUGAGGCCAAAGAGCGUACAAGUACAUGGACCUUAAAAUGAAUAUCAAGAACAUCGAAUAAAUGCUUUUACAGCUUUAUGGAAAGCUAUUUGAUCCGUGUACUAGUACAGUCCUUGUCCUCGCAACUAGGACAACUGUUAGUUUGUGAGGCAAAACCCUACUAGUUGUCAUCUGCGCUACUAGUACAGGUACUACUGGUGAAGCACUAGUAGAAUUCUAUAAUGUCACUAGUAGCAGUUUUCCCUCAUGGGUAUCAUGUUGUUGUCCUACUAUGCCAAAGUUGUUCUACUUGUGAGGACAUAGACCAACUAGUACAUGGACCUUAAGCGGGAUAUCAAGCAGCUUUCCGUAACGCUUGUUUGAGCGUUUGUCAUAUUUGAUAGGUCGUAGGUGGCACUAGUAUGGUUAAAAAAAAACACUUUUUAGUAAGACGGUCAUUGUUUGUUUUCAGCUAGUUGUGAGAUAGAAUAUUUUGUCGUUAGAACACCAUACUGGAUUUGAUCACAAAAAGGCUAUGGACCUGUUGUUACCUUUUGCCACAAAAACAGAGGUUAUUUGGGAAUAGGCUAUAUUGAGCCUAAAAACCUUUUUUAACCUUAAAGGGCUAUAAUUUGCCACUUAAGUAUAUUAAUGGAUAAUAAAAAAUGUUUAAACUG